GCAGACUCAUUCAUAAAGAGAAUGCGCCUCUCGAUUAUCGCUGCAAACAGAACUCCAGUUAGGAACUUCGGAGCAAAACUAGUCAAGGAAGAAAGUAUGCCCCGCCAACGCAGUAACUUAUCUAAACUUGAUCGAAGUGCAGUAGAACGAAACAGAAGAAUGCAUAUGAAAGAUCUUUUUUCCAGGCUUGCUUUUCUUGUUCCUACUCGACCAUCCAAGUCCUCUUUACAUGUGUCGUUGGAUCAUGCCACCACUUAUAUAAAGCAAUUGCAGAAAAGGAUAGAGACGCUGAAGCAAACGAAGCAACUACUUCAAGGCAGCACUGAUGAGACUGGAGGUGUAAGAUGUCAGAUGAGUGGCGCCUCCAGGUCACCAGUGAUCACUGUAAGAGAUAUGGGUUCUAGUUUAGAGCUACUUCUGAUUAGCGGGUCAAAUAAGAAGUUCAGGUUGCAUGAAGUUAUCAGUGUUCUGGAGGAAGAAGCAGCUCAAGUUGUAACUGUUAACCAAUGCAUAGUGGGGGAUAGGAUCUGCUAUAGUAUACAUUCCGAGGCUGUUAGCUCUAGAAUUGGAGUAGACGCUUCAAGGGUGCAUGAGAGAUUGAAGGAACUGAUUUUUUGAAGUAUUCGGAUCAGCGCCGCUCACCUAGACAUCCUUUUCCAAAGAAAGGAUGGACGCAGCAA